GUACAUUCAACGUCCAUCGAUCGUAGAUACUACAUACCUUCUUCAUUAUAUAGUACAUUCUACUAUACUAUUAUGAUACGUAGGCUGUAGACGUAUGCCCAGCUACCCCAGUUGGUAUUUGGCUCCUUGGUUCUUCGGCUCCUUUAAAUCCUACUUCUCGUCCGUCUCAAAACGUCCUUGGUUGAAAAUUCACCGAUUCCCCUUGCAGUUAUCUAGUAGCUCUGACUGACAACCUAGCAAGCGUUACGUUUUAGCCAGCUCCACGAUCUUCACCUCCGAUAGUGCCUGGACAAGAGAUACUAGUUGUUGAACCUCUCACGCUAAUCUCUUCCAAUAUUUUUACUUAAUUGGCUUGCUUCCCGCUUUCCUACAACUUUACCUCUUCUAUUAUCUUCUCUCUGUAUAUAACUCUAUCUAUUAUCCUUGACUCCGAACACCGGCUGUGUUGAGCUUUUUUCAAGUUGACUCUUCUUAGCUCUGUUCCAACCUCCUUCUUAUCUGUCUUCCUCUCACUUUUCUUGCUCUCUCGCUCUCUCUCUCUCCUAUCGUAACUUCUUCAGCCUAUUCAUAGUUAUUCACGGUAACUACGUACAAUGGCUCCUGAUAUCGAUUCUAUUCCACGUUCUGGGGUAAACCCUAACGGCCCUCGCUCGACGGUGGCGGGUGGUGUCAACGGCACCAGCAACACCAACGGCUCUCCCGGGAAGCCUCCUAACGUUCUAUUUCUCAUGGCAGACCAGCUAGCGGCCCCGCAACUCAAGAUGUACAACCCAGAGUCACAAAUAAAGACUCCAAACCUUGAUGCCCUAGCUGCUAAGUCUGUUCAGUUUGACUCGGCUUAUUGCCCCUCUCCUCUUUGUGCUCCUUCUCGUAUGAGCUUGAUCUCUGGACAGCUUCCUAUGAAGAUCGGAGCUUACGACAAUGCCUCCCAGAUCGGAAGUGAUGUGCCCACCUAUGCACACUAUCUGCGUGCUAAGGGUUAUCAUACUGCCUUGGCAGGAAAAAUGCAUUUUGUUGGAGAUCAACUUCACGGUUACGAGACCCGUCUUACUAGCGAUAUCUAUCCUGGAGACUUUGGCUGGGCUGUGAACUGGGAUGAUCCGGAUAGACGGCUUGAGUGGUAUCACAACGCCAGCUCUAUUCUCCAAGCAGGAAGUUGCGUGCGAAGCAACCAGCUGGACUAUGAUGAAGAGGUUAUGUAUAGAUCUACCCAGUUUCUGUACGACCAAGUUCGCGAAGGACCAGACAAGAGGCCAUUCUGCUUGACGGUUUCUCUUACUCAUCCUCACGACCCUUACACCAUCGAAGAAAAGUACUGGGAUCUGUACGAAGAUGUGGACAUUGCCUUGCCGAAGGUUAAGAUCCCUAGGGAGGAACAUGAUGCCCACAGUAAGAGAUUGCUAAAGGUGUGUGAUCUCUGGGACGAGAACUUCUCCGACGAACAGAUCAAGAGAGCUCGAAGAGCAUACUACGGCGCUGUCAGCUACGUCGACGAUUGCAUUGGACGUAUUCUUCAUGUUCUAAAGCAGUGCCGGCUUGACGAAAAUACUAUUGUCGUCUUCAGCGGAGAUCACGGAGACAUGCUUGGAGAGCGUGGUUUGUGGUAUAAGAUGAGCUAUUUUGAGUCAUCUGUGAGAGUGCCACUCUUGAUAUCAGAUCCCCGAUUUGCCCCCCACCGUGUUACCCAAAAUGUUUCUACUCUGGAUAUCCUCCCGACGUUGUGCGACCUUGUCGGUACCAAGCCGGUUGCCGGCUUACCUAUGGAUGGCCUUUCUCUUCUACCCCACCUUGAGGGUCGUGAGGGCCACGAUACUGUCAUCGCAGAGUACACCGGUGAAGGAACUAUCAGCCCGUACAUGAUGAUUCGUCGUGGUCCUUGGAAAUAUGUCACCUGCCCGACCGAUCCACCUCAACUUUACAACCUCGAGCGAGAUCCUCUUGAGCUUGUCAACCUGGCACAACUUGUACAUAAGAAGGAGACUCUGACUAUAGAGGAAGAGGAAGCGAAAGCCAAGUUUGAAAAGUUCGAGGCUGAAGCCGAGUCUCGUUGGGACUUCGACGCUAUCACAAAACAGGUAUUAAUGUCGCAAAGGACACGAAGACUUGUUUGGAGUGCCUUGAACCAGGGCAAAUUUGAGGCUUGGGAUUACAACCCUAGUGACAACGGUACUAACAAAUACAUCCGAUCCUUCCUACCUCUCGACGAUCUAGAGCGUCGAGCUAGAUACCCUCCUGUUGACAAAUACGGUCGGGAGACUGGAGAUAUCGUUGUCGAUCAGGCCGGUUCACAUAACGAGUAACCGUCCAAUUUUUAUGUCUCUUAUCAUGGUACAGGAUACGGAAAAGGCGGGAGUGGAGAUUGAUUGGGUAUUUGGGUGGUGAUGCAUUUGCAUUCCACGGCGCCUAAACAUACCUAUUCCAGGAUUGGAUUAUAUUACACCCGUGGUCCUGAUCCUGACAGUUCCGAUUUACGGUGUAGUUUUUAACAGGGAUUUAGCGACGAGUUAUGGGCGAAUGAUUUUUUAUGAUAUGGAUGGUUAAUGGAUAACGGAUGACGGAUGACCCUUAACGGAUGUAAAAUGAAAUGAGACGCGCGCUAGAUACCUAUCUGUAACUAUUACCUAUACUCUGCAUCGAUCUAGUACUAUUAGCACCGUUUGGUAGCACUAUUAGACAAGUAGGG